GUGCCUCAUCUUCCUGAACAUGUGUGUCCAUAUCUUUGGUCGGCCGUUGGACACACACCGUCGCUCCUACACCGGGAUGUGUCUCUACCAUUGACUGUCUAUACCAGCUCUCUACUCGACACUUGUCCGUGUGUGAGCACCGAGCAGCAGUCGUCGCGGUUCCCCACUUCGCUGCUAGCUGUGUCAUUUCUUUUUUCUUAUCGGGAGACGACGGAGGGUCGAACCUAUCAGGGUCCUUUAGCAAGCCGCGGGUUUUCUCCCUUCUCCCUUUUCCUGUUUUUUUCUUUUUGUUUGUACUUUUUAUUUUUUGGGGGCUUAAUUAAUUUUGGUGGCUGAGAGACAACUUCAUCGCCAUCACAGAGCUGCAGCCGGUUGUUUUGAUGGUCUGGGGUCAGUCUGCACCCGCUGACGGACGUAAGCCUCGUGAGUCAGACCACAGGAGGAAAUAUGAGCGCAGCCAAGCCGAGCGGGAUCAAAGUACCUAGCAAAAUAGCUAGGCCUCCUGCAACUGGAGCCCCCAAGACCACCCCCAGCACAGCCAAAGCUGGCGUGGCUGACAAAUCCGCUCCAAAAUCCAGCGGAGGAGAUUCCAAGAACGCCGAGGAGAGCUUCCAGGUCGGGGAGCGAGUGUGGGUGAAUGGCAAUAAACCAGGUUACAUUCAGUUUUUGGGAGAGGCGCAGUUCGCCCCAGGACAGUGGGCGGGGAUUGUUCUAGACGAGGCAAUCGGGAAGAACGAUGGAUCAGUGGCAGGGGUGCGCUACUUCCAGUGUGAGGCCUUGCGAGGGAUAUUUACCCGCCCGUCCAAGCUGUCUCGCACCGAGGGGGAGGCUAAUGGAACUCAGACGGCGCCGCCCUCCCGCGCUUCGUCACCCACCCCUUCGGUUGGAAGUGUUGCCUCGCAGACACCCGCCACGAAAUCUACUACUGCAGCAAAGAAGGCGUCUGCCGCCACCCCAGCUACGCCAGCUACGCCAGCUACACCAGCUGUACCCUCUACCCCAGCCUCCAACCUCACGCGCACAAACAGCGAAUCUGUUUCCAACCUCUCCGAGACCGGAUCAGUCAAGAAAGGAGAGAGAGAACUGAAGAUGGGUGAUCGUGUGUUGGUCGGUGGCACAAAGGCAGGAGUGGUACGUUUCCUCGGAGAAACAGAUUUUGCCAAAGGCGAGUGGUGUGGUGUGGAAUUAGAUGAGCCCCUUGGAAAAAAUGACGGAGCAGUGGCGGGCACGAGAUACUUUCAGUGCCAACCCAAGUAUGGCUUGUUCGCUCCAGUUCACAAAGUCACACGCAUCGGUUUCCCUUCAACGACGCCAGCCAAAGCAAAAACGACAGUGAGGAAAGUAGUGGCCACACCGUCUGGCCUGAAGAGAAGCCCUAGUGCCUCAUCCAUCAGCACCAUGAGCUCUGUGGCCUCCUCUGUUAGCGCAAAGCCCAGCCGCACCGGCCUGCUAACUGAGACUUCUUCGAGGUAUAAUCGGAAGAUUUCAGGCACCACAGCCUUGCAGGAGGCACUGAAGGAAAAGCAACAACACAUUGAACAGUUGAUGGCUGAGAGGGACAUGGAAAGAGCUGAAGUUGCCAAGGCCACUAGCCAUGUUGGAGAAAUGGAGCAAGAAAUUAGUCUGCUUAGGGAUGAUCACGAGCAGAUGGAGUCAAAGAUGGAUCAGUUGCGUGCCUUGGUGGAAGCUGCAGACAAAGACAAGGUGGAGCUGCUCAAUCAGCUGGAGGAGGAGCGUAGGAAGGUGGAAGACCUUCAGUUUCGGGUAGAAGAAGCUUGCAUUACCAAAGGGGAUCUGGAGACGCAGACCAGACUGGAGCAUGCCCACAUUAAGGAGCUUGAACAGAGCCUGCUCUUUGAAAAGACCAAAGCUGAGAAACUCCAAAGAGAGUUAGAAGACACUAGGGUUGCUACUGUGUCAGAAAGAUCCCGUAUUAUGGAGCUCGAGCGGGACCUUUCACUGAGGACUAGAGAGGUGGCUGACCUGCGGCUGCGUCUCGGGAACCAGCCGGGCUCUGAGGAUUCUGACGCUACUAUUUCUCCUCUUAUGGAAGAGAUCAAUUCUCUGAGGGACCAGUUGGCUACCCAAGAAUCUAAUCAGCAAGAAGAGCUUAAGAAGUACAAGGAGAAGCUAGAAGCUCAAGAAAAAACCCACACUGAAGCAGUUGCCCAGCUUCAGGCUACAUCUGUAAGGCUCUCUGGUGACAAAGAAGAGUUGCAGAUGCGUUUGAGCCAGGCUGAGAAGGAGAAUGCCGACACUGUUGAACAGUGGCAGUCCAAGCUGCAGUCUGCCAUGGCCUCUCACCAGCAAGCCAUGGAGGAGCUAAAGGUCUCCUUCAGCAAAGGUGCAGGAGCCCAGACAGAAGAGCUUAUAGAAACCAAAAGUGCACUAGAGAGGCUGAAGUUGGAGCACACACUGGCUCUAGAGGAGGCUGGAGCCAAGCAUGAAGCUGACGCCUCAGCUUGGAGUCAGGAGAUGCAGGCGCUGAAGAAACAGCUGUCGUCUUUGACUGAGGACAAGGAGCGGCUGGAGGAUUCGCUACGAUGCAGUGUCGAAAAAGCAGAGGAGCAGCACCUUGUGGAGAUGGAGGAUGUCCUUGGAAAGCUGCAUGCCGCCGAAGUUAGGGUAAAGGAGCUUGAGGAGAAAGAAGCAGCGCACGAACAGCAGGCCCAAGACAAGGAUAGAGAAACCAAAGAGCAGAUGGCCGAAGUGGUUGCUCUGCGCAGCCAGGUAGCACAAGGUAACCAGGAGCUCGAGGCCCUGAAGAGGCAAUUAGAGGAGGCGCAGAGCCAAGAAAGCAACCAGGGUGCCAAGGUUAGUGAUAUGAGCUCUCAGUUGGAGGGUCUGAAGCAGGAAGUCCUCUCUUUACAGCAGAGUCUGACUACUGUACAGCAGGAGAAAGACAAUCUGGAGCAAGAGCUUGUAGGCCUGAAACAAAAGUUGUCUGAAGGCACAGAGGAGCAGACUAAAUCGACAAAAACUAUGCAAGAAACACUUGAGAAGCUCAGUAAGAAAGAGGAACAGUGCACAUCCUUGGCCACAGAAUCGGAGUCUCUAAGAAGUCAACUUGCCGGCGUCGAGAGGAAGCUGAAGACUGCUGAUGAAAAGCUCGAGCAGCUUUCGAAGGACAAAAGCAAGCUGGAAAAUGACAUUUCAGACAUGAUGAAGGCAUCUGGUGAUAGUUCAGUGCAGCUGACUAAAAUGAAUGAGGAUCUCAUGCAGAAAGAAAGGAGACUUGAGGAAUUGCAGAAUCAACUAGCGGAGGAGAAGGAAAAGGUGGCACACUUGAAUGAACAAAUGCAGCAGGAACAGUCCCACAAGGAGCAGGAGCUGAAAGAGAGCAGAGACACACAUCAGACUGAAAUAAGCUGCCUUCAGGAGAAGAUUUCCACCUUGGAGAAGACUGUUAAAGAGAAGGAGACCCUGGUUGAGGAGCUAAAGGUCUCGCAAGAGAAGUCCCUCUCUCAGGCCUCGGAGCUUCAUGCGAAGGAACUUGAGGCACUGAAGAGUCAGACUGAGACUAUGAAGCAAGAGCUCUCCACCUCCAAGGACAAAAUCCAAGAGCUGGAGCAGACGGUGUCAGAGCUGCAGCCAUACAAGGACCAGGCUCAGUGCCUUUCCUCUCAGCUUGACACCUACAAGCAUGAUGUUGAACAUUUGUCCAAAAAACUGGAAAAUCAGAGUGUAGAUCUGGAAAAAAAGUGUAAGGAAAGUGAGGACUUUAGAGUUGAAAAGGGAAAACUGGAGGAACAGCUUUCAGACGUGGUGACUAAGCUUUCUGCUCUUGAGAUGAGUCACCAGGAACUUUCAGCCCAGCAUGAAGAACUCCAAAUAGCCAGAGAAAAACUUUCCAAACAUCAAGAGGAGCUCCUUGCCAUCAACAAGCGUUCUGAUGAAGAGAAGAUUUCAAUGAACGUGGAACUGGAGAAGCUCAAACACCUUAUUCAUGAAGCACAGGAUGAAAACAAAGAACUGAAGCGUGGCAAAGAUGAAUGUUUGGCCCAAAUUGAAGAGCUUAAACGUACAAAUGCAGAGUCGAGUGACUUGAUCCUGAAGCAUCAGCAGGACAUCCAGCAAAUUGAGGUUAAAAAUAAGCAACUACUUCAGGAUUAUGAAAAUGUCUGCAAAGAGAGGGACCGACUUGAGGAGGACCUCAAGGACAGUAAGUCCAAGCUUACCUUUGAGAUGGACAAUCUAGUAUUAGAGAGAGAUGCUGCUAGAAAUGCCAGAAAAUCCCUUGAUGCUAAGAAUGCAGAGUUGCAGGCAAAACUUAAAUCCCUGAACUUAGAAAAAGAAGAUAUUACGAUGAAGAACACCCAGCUCCAGGCCUUAGCAGAAACACUGACGAAAGAGAAAGUGGACCUCUCUUCUGAAAUCAGUGCUGCUGUGUCAGACAACAAGAGCCUUGAGACUGUGAAGGAGGAGCUGCAGGAUAAGCUCAGUGUUACGAAGAAAGACUUGGAGAGCUACAUCCGUGAAUGUGAAGAACUUAAAGCCUCAAAACUGAGCUUGUCCCAGAUGCUGGAAGAGUUCAAGACGAGCAGUCAGGUGACCGAUUCUGAGAGGCUUCACCUUCUGCAAGAGAAAGAAGAUUUACUUGCAGUCCAAAGAAAAGUGUCUAAUGAGAAGGAAGAGCUCCUCAGAGAGAUAAAAGAAUUAAAGGAGAAGCUUCAGGCCUCAACGGAGCAGCUGUCUCAGUCCAGUGACAAACUAAAAGACGCAUUAUCGUCUUUUGAGCAAGAGAAGCAAACUUUUCUCCUUCAGAAUUCUGAAACCGAGAUGGCUCUGCACGCUUUACGAAAAGAAAAGAUGAGCCUUGAUUCAGCAGUGGAGCAACAGAAAAUGGAUUAUGAGCGUUUGGCAGGUGAGAAGGGAGAAUUGGAGGAGAAGCACACGAAGGCCAUAUCUGAGAAAAAUGCUCUUUCUCUCGAACGUGAUAAGUUAGCUAGUGAUAUCCGUACAAAUAAGGACCAACUGGAUAGUUAUUCCAGAGCUAAUGUUGACCUCGUUCAAGAGAAGACUCAGCUAACAGCAAUGCUGGAGGAAACCAAACGCCAAAAAGAGGAGGUUGAAGCGGAGGUGAACUCUUUGAAACGGGAAAAGGCCGACCUUCAAAAUGAACUGCAGAAAAACUCCUCUGCUAUAGAAAUUCUUGAAAAGGACAAAAUUGAACUUGUUGAAAAGCAUGGUAAGCUAAAAAUGGAUUUUGAGAAGGCUAAUUUAGAGCUUUCCCAAAAAGUGGAUAACCUUACGAAAGACUAUCAGCAGGUCCAGUCGCUGCAAACGGAUACAGACAAAAAUACACAAUCACUGCAGAAAGAGAAUCAGGGGUUGAUUCAGGAGAUCCAGGAGUUAAAAGCACAGUUUAAAUCUUUGUCAGAGGCCAAGCAACUUCUUGAGACCCAGCUACAGAUUGAGUCCAGUGAACGGAAUAAAACAACAUCUGAGAAGGAUGGUCUUUCCAAACGAAUCGAAGAACUGCAGGAAACAUUGUCCAAAGUCACGCAAGAAAAUAAUGAGAUUUCCUCUAACCUUAAGAAUAGUGAUGAGGAGAAGAAGUCCUUCAUGGUUGAUUUGGAAUCUGUGAAAACACAAUUAAGGCAGCAAGAGCAAGAAAAUAGUCAGCUGACAGAAGACAAAGGACAACUUUUAUCGAAGCUUGAGGAGAUGAGCAAACAGAUGACCCUUCUGACCACUGAGAAGGAAGACCUUACAGCUAGCCAGUCUAAAUUUGAGCAAGAGAUUUCUUCCCUUCACACAAACAAAGAAAAUUGGCUCGCAGAACGUUCAAAGCUACUUGAAGAGUUGGAGCGUUUGCAGACUAGUCAGAAACAACUAGAGGUUGACAUCAAGGCCCUGCAGGCCGAUAAAGAGUCUUUGGAAAAGCAGUACAAGGAUGCUGUUUCAGAGGUGUCUGCGUCUGCCGUCGUGAAAGAAGAAAUUUCCUCGAGCAUCACGCAUCUAACGGCUCAGAAGGAUGCCCUGCAGACGGAGAGAGACGAAGCCACUGAGCAAAUCAGGGAGCUCAAGUCGCAACUAAAAAAUGCCAUAUCUAAGCAGCUUGAGGAUGCCGAGGCUUCUGGCAAGUCUGCGGAGGCUCUCGAACAGCUGACGAAAGAGAAAGCUGCUUUGAUGCAGGAGAAGAACAAGGCCCAGUCUUUGCUGGAAGAGCUCCAGAGCUCCAAGAAGGAAAUGGAAACCAAGCUGGAAACACUGAAGACAGAGAACUCCAAGUAUCAAGAAGAUCUGAAUGUAUCCAAAGAGCAGCUUUGCACAGAAACUCAAAGGACCAAGAGUCUGAGCCAGGAAAUUGAGGAGCUCAAAGAAGCCGUUUCUGCAAAGUCGCAGUCGCUGACGACGCUGCAAGAAGAGAACAACAGGCUGACUCAGGAGCUUGAUAACAAACACAAAGGCCAGGGCGACCUGUCGAAGCUCAAGGAUGAGCACUCAAAGCUCAAGAAACGGUUGGAAGAAUUAAAGCAAAGCCUGCCAAAUAAUGCCCUCAGUGAGGGCGCUUUGAAGGAGAAGCUGGACAAGGAGAAGGCGACCCUUCAGCAAUCAGUCCAUAAAAACAGUGCCUUAAUCUCAGAAAAGGACCAGCAGCUGGAAAACCUGAAGAGUGAGCUGACUGUGCUGCGUGGGGAAAGUGCCUCUGUUAAGACACUGCAGGCUACAGUUGAAGCCUUGAAGCAGGACAAAGCUAAACUACAGGAGCGUGUUCAUAGACUGGAGAAGGACCUGGCCACAGGCCCCGACGCCAUUAACGUGUCCUCAGGUGAUGCAGUUUUGGACCAAAUAAGAGAGGAUAAGGAUACUGCAGAGAGUCAGGCAGCGAUUGAGUUCCUGAAUUCAGUCAUUGUCGACCUACAAAGGAAAAACGAGGACCUCAAGGACAAACUGGAGAAGAUGGCCGAUUCUGCUCUCAAUGGGAACAAUCCCAGCGAGCUGGAUAAUUAUGACGGCGAUGACAAGCAGCCCGCGAAGAAGAAGCCUCCCCCGAGGCUGUUCUGUGACAUCUGUGACUGCUUCGACCUCCAUGACACCGAGGACUGUCCCACACAGAUGCAGAUGCCCGACUCCCCCCCGCACUCCACCUACCACGGCAAUAAGGGCGAAGAGCGGCCCUACUGUGACAUCUGUGAGGUCUUUGGCCACUGGACUGACUCCUGCAAUGACGACCAGACCUUUUAAAGCCUUUUUCAACCCUCGUUCGCACAAUCACUAUAUUUGCACAUUACGUUAGAUUGUUCUGUGCUUUUUGGGGUCCUUAGUAUGUGUGUGUGCAUUUUGUGUGCUUGUUUUUGCCAAGCAUCUCUUUCGCUCACGCCAUCCCUUAAGCGCUCUUAUCGGAGAACGGCAUCCUCGGGAGUCUCCUCGCAACAAAAAAAAAAAAUUCAGACAUCCAGAAAACGUCCAUACAGGAGAAAACUGAUUUUAUUUGUAAUUGUGAACGAGUUUGCUGGAAAAAUGUUAAUGGGGUUUGUGAGAGUGAGAGGGUACUAUAGGUGGAUGUAUCGGUGAUCUUCUUCGGAUCCUUUAAUUUAUCAAUAUCCCAACGAUGUUUGCACAGCUUGUCAAGGGGUUACAAAGAUUAUAUAGUGUGAUUUAAAAAAACAAACAAAAAAGGUGUUUAUUUGCAACUGUAAAUUACAAAAAAAAAAAAAUAUCAGUUUGCGCAAAAAUUGGUGAGCUAUAGUUUAUUUUUUUAUGCCUGGAAAUACUAAGUACUCUUUAAAGGUUUGAUAGUAUGUGUGUAAUUGUGUCUCGUCUGGAGUGGAGCAAUGAAACCUGGUGUUGUUUGGCUUUAAUAGGAACUUUUUUAUGGUCUACAUGAAGGGACAGCUGGACGAUGGGGUAAGACAGAAGCAGUUAAAGCACUUCACACUGACUGUUUACCCUCAGUUCCAGUCAAAUGGCCUUUCCAGAAAGUUUCUUAGCAAUUUAAAGGUAAUUUCUCUUUGGAACCAUUAAAGACGCCUUUCUUCAAACAUGUUUUGAUUAUCUGUAUAAAAAAUAAAUUAAAUUUAUGGAUUAAGUAAAA